AGAACAUCUCGCUCCUGGCAGAAGAGGAGGUGGGCAGCCGUGCAGCGCGAAUUCAACGGGCCAGUGUUCCUCCUCACAAUGUGGAAGCAAUGCCAGCCCCGACAGGUGAUCCCGUGGCAGCAGCGGCGGACGCAAGGGCCCAAGACGUUCGCUCCCCCUCAGAACUUGCAGAAAUGGAGGGGCUGUGGGAGGGAACGGAACACUAG